UGCCUUCUUGUUCGGAAAUUCUUUUUCCACAAUGAUCCAAUUUUUUUUGCAGAUUUGGGAAGAGGUGUCCUUGGAUGCAGGGGGUGCCUUCUUGUUCAGAAAUUCUUUUUCCACAAUGAUCCAAUUUUUUUUUGCAGAUUUGGGAAGAGGUGUCCUUGGAUGCAGGGGAUUGCAUUUCAGUUUCAGAGCUACAAGGUGGACUGAACAUUGAUGUGGUAGGAAAUUUAUGAAACAUCACGAUGUACUAGAAUUGUAGAUAGGCAAAGACAAGAAGCGGUUUUGUGGAGUAUUCAGGACCAUAUAUCAGCUGUAGACCAAGGAUCCGCAAAAUUGCCAGGAUCUAAAACACCCUCUAAAGUUGCAGGUGAAAAAGCUUCUGAGAGCCCUUGGGUUGGACCACGUGGUAUCUACCAAGGGCAUGAUGACGCUGUUGAAGAUGUGCAGUUUUGUCCUUCAAGUAUUCAAGAGUUCUGCAGUGUGGGUGAUGAUUCUUGUCUCAUUCUUUGCGAUGUUUGUACCGGAAGAGAUCCGUUUCAUGAUUAAUUCAGAGUUAAUUGUUAGCAUGCUUUUCUUGCCUUGUAUGGAUGACAAUGAAGCUAUUGAAAUUGUUGGCGUUGAAAGGUUUUCAAUUUAUACUGGUGGAAUACAUCCGACCCAUGGACAAUUGUUAGCAUUUCUGAUAAUUGCUAAAGCAACCGUGGUGGCGGGACAUUGCAGAUUUAGCGCAUGAGCUAUCUUAUUUACAGGCCAGGGGAGGAGGUUCUGGAAGAACUUGAAAAGUUCAAGUCAUACAUACUAGGUACAAGUUGAGACCGGCUGGGAUGCAGCUGCAUUUAUUCUUCUUGGAGAAAAUAUAGCUCAGGUUUGAAGCAUAGUUAUAAGUUUCCUUUGCAGAACGUGAAAUGGAUGUAUAAGUGAAAAUCUUAUUCAAAAAAUUACAAGUGUUGGGUAUGUUCUCUUGUUUGAUUAAUCAUAGAAAUUCCAAUUUUAAUGUGUACAUUCUAACUUGUAAUGUGCCACUUCUAAUGUGUACGUUCGUUCUCACUUCUAACUGUAAUUUAAGAAAUGAUUGUAUGCGUGCUUGUUUUUCGGAAUGCACGGAACUUGAUUUUGUUACAGGGGAAUUGGUGAU